AAGCCUCCCCCCGGCUCAAAUGUUGAGUUUCGAGCAGCCAAACCAGCAGAACACUUCAAGUCAACCUCAGUCUCAACAACAGCCAAACCAGGCUUUACGUCUCAGAGAUGAGCCUCUUCCCAUAAAUCCUCAGCCAGCUAUCACAUCUAGAUCCCGUAAACGAAAAUCCCCUCCAGACCCAUCUAUCACUCAAGAUAAUUCUGCCACUUCUCCUCCCGGUCCUCAGCAGAUAUCUCCUCAGCAUGUUCUCAGUUCCCACCCCCCUCCUCAAUUAAUGCAUCAUCACCCAUAUCCAUUUUCUGGACCUCCUCCCGAAUUCAAUCCCAAUCAUUCUCCUGGUAUGCCACCCCAAGGACCACCACCACAUACCGGUGACCAGCAGCAGUCACAACAACCACAGCAGCAGCAGCUUCAGCAAAGUGCACCUUUAGCCUCGCCUACAAGUACGGGUAGAGCUCUCAGCAAUAGCAAAAGGGCCGAGCAGAACCGUAAAGCUCAGCGUGCCUUCAGAGAGCGUCGGGACCAACACGUCAAAGCUCUUGAAUCCCGGUCUCAGCUCCUCGAUGCGGCUCUGGCUUCAGCUGAUGAAGCUAAUCGUCGUUGGGAAGAAUGUCGCGCACUCGUCGAUCAAUUGAGAGUAGAGAACGCCACAUUGAGAGCUGCCCUCAGUCAGCACGUUCAAGCUCUGCCUUUACCUCCGACUCUCCAAUCUCAGCCCCCCCAGCAGCUCACCGAGCAGCAACCCAAGGACGAUGGUAAGAAAGAUGACAAGAAGUAGAGUCGGUAGAAAGGGAUCGAGAAGUUCACAAGAAGUAUAUUAUUCACGACGCACCUUAACUCGCUUAUAUCUUUUUCCUCUGGCUUCCAUCGCUUCGCACUUCGUUGCGCAAUCCAAGUUUGGGAAUAGCUUUAGUAGCCGGUCGUAUGUAUGUAUAAACAUGAUCCUGUAUCUGUCCGAAAGACUGAACCUGCAUCGUGUGCUGUCGCCGCUGGGGUAGUCAUUGGCGAAAGGAAAGCUGGACUUUAUGUAACCCAUCUUCUAUAC